GAGCGGAGAAAGGGUCCGUGGUGCGCAGCUGUCCUGUGGGUGCCGGCUGUCGGGCGCUCCGCCCUCGCUGACCCCUCGCCUCCAGCCGCUCUCCGCUCGCUGUGUGUCUGCAACUCACCGCGACCCCCCAAUCGUAUUACACAGCUAUGCCACUUCACCAUUUCAGUCGCCCGUCAAACGCCGAGCGUCGCGUACGUCCGUAACGGCAACGCUCGCAAACCGACAGCCAUGUGGUGAAGUGAAACUGUCAAACGUGAAACACUCUCGUAUACACCGAUGUUCAGUAUCAGUGGACACUAAUUUUUUAACCAUUGACUUGUGUUCGGUAGUGUGUUCGAAGUGGUGCCACUGUUUUGGAAAAUUGGAUUAUACGAACGAAUAAUGGCCUUAGCCAGGCUCGGGUCGGGCAGCGAGUGUGGCGGCGGAGGGUCGGGCGGCGGCGCGCCCGCUCCUCAGUCGGCGCGCGUCUCAUCGAACGGCGCCGGCGGGAUGGCGGUGAGCCGUGUGCCCAGCCCGCUGCACGACGGGAACACGCCCGUCGCAGAGAACUGGUGCUUCACACAGGUCAAAGUGGUCAAAUUCAGUUACAUGUGGACAAUAAAUAAUUUUAGUUUCUGUAGAGAAGAAAUGGGUGAAGUGUUAAAAUCAUCGACUUUCUCAGCCGGUGCUAGUGAUAAAUUAAAAUGGUGUUUGCGUGUUAAUCCAAAAGGACUCGAUGAAGAGAGUAAAGACUAUUUAUCGUUAUAUUUAUUAUUAGUGUCUUGUAAUAAAUCAGAAGUGCGUGCAAAGUUCAAAUUCUCAAUAUUAAAUGCUAAAAGAGAAGAAACAAAAGCGAUGGAGUCACAGCGAGCGUACAGAUUCGUGCAAGGGAAAGAUUGGGGCUUCAAAAAGUUUAUUAGAAGAGACUUCUUAUUAGACGAGGCGAACGGAUUACUACCAGAGGACAAACUGACAAUAUUUUGUGAAGUGUCAGUAGUCGCAGAUAGUAUCAACAUAAGCGGACAGAGCAAUGUGAUGCAGUUCAAAGUGCCAGAAUGCAGACUCUCCGACGAUUUAGGCGCGCUCUUCGACAAUGAAAGGUUCUCUGAUGUAACGUUAGCUGUCGGAGGCAGAGAAUUCCAAGCGCAUAAAGCUAUAUUAGCAGCGCGGAGUCCAGUGUUCGCAGCUAUGUUCGAACAUGAAAUGGAGGAGAGGAAAAGAAAUCGCGUGGACAUCACUGACGUAGACCACGAGGUCCUACGGGAGAUGCUUCGCUUUAUCUACACGGGGCGCGCGCCUAAUCUCGACAAGAUGGCCGACGACCUAUUAGCAGCCGCAGACAAGUACGCCCUCGACCGGUUAAAAGUGAUGUGUGAAGAGGCGUUAUGUCUGAGUUUAUCGGUGGAGACGGCUGCGGAUACGCUCAUUUUGGCAGACCUGCAUUCAGCAGACCAGCUCAAGGCACAAACCAUCGACUUUAUUAAUACGAGUCACGCGACGGACGUGAUGGACACGGCGGGAUGGAAGAACAUGAUAUCGUCGCAUCCACACCUCAUAGCGGAGGCGUUCCGCGCGCUCGCCACGCAGCAGCAGCAGAUACCGCCCAUAGGGCCACCGCGGAAACGUGUCAAGCAGGCGUAGGCAAUACCGCCGGGAGACAUGCCCACCUCCUCGUCUUAGUGGCUCACUUACAAAGGUCCGUCAGGCCAUUGUAAACGAGCCACGACUCCUCGCAUAUACCAAAGAAAACCUCUUAAACCCGUUCUCACUUAACUAGGAAAUGCCUAAUGUUAAGAAUCGCCUAAGAUAUUUGUUAUUCGAAAUAAACAUUUUGUUUUUACCUCUUGAUACAUUCGUGAUCUGUCGUAUUACGCGAAUUCCUAACGCAUGUCGUUGCUUUAGACAUUGCUUGAUGUCGUUACGUAGUUCCUAGUCAUUGGUGAAAUCCAUAUUUCCAACUUAGGCGAUUCUUAAAUGUAUAGGCGACAAAUUUGAGCAGCUUCUAGGUUUAGUGAAACGGGCAUUAGACACAGUAGCGUACUCGGACGAUUCAAGCACGUUUACUCUGAAUGUUUUUUAAAAUUUUCUAGUCACAGUUUUAAUUUGAAGCUUUUGAUGGUUCUCCGAGAAAUAUAUGGCAGAGUAACUGUUGUUUCUCAGAUAGAUAUUUAUAUAACCAUUGAUCAUUUCAUGUUUUAACUGUGACUGUCAAUUGGAAAUACAUGUGGAAACGAGUUUCAUUCGAACGAGUUGCCAUCUAAGCGAUACGGCUCGGCUUUUUUCUUCAUCCAGUUUGAUUGUUUAAAUUUACUCCGUUUUAGAAGGAGUGACGUCAAACUCGAAAUUUUUGUUUUGAAAACCGAGUCGCAUCUGUCGAGGUAUUCCGCUCUAUGCUAGACUAUACACAAGUGAGGUCGUUAAGUUUUCUAUAAUAUUUUAAUGCAAUGACGGAUGCCAAUUUAUAGACCUCACUGUUUUACGUCUAGCAAAUGUUAACUCGACGAGGAGACCUGAUUCUACGCCAGUCGAUAGUUGAAAGAACUUCAACGGCACAUUACUCGAUGAAUAAUUGCAAUGCAACUGAAGCAUUUAGCAUGUAUCAGUUAUUAGUGAAAAUAUUAAGUGUUACUAGUUUUCACGUUGCGAAUUAGAUUGUUCAAUCGGGUACUAGUGAUCGACUGUGGCGUGAUUCAGUGGAGGGCAUGUAGCAUGUGGGCAGCGAUAUCUCCCCAUGCGUCGCUGGCGACCAUAGAGCUAUUAUAGUAGAGUACGAAAGGCAGGUCUCAAUACCGUACUCGAUUAGUAAGAGAUAGAAGAUAUACCCCAUCUAUCUGAUUAAUGUUACAUAUUACUUAAAAUAACUUUAUUGAUUUGAUUCUAUUAUUCGAUACAUAUGCUGUCCUGUAUGCAUUCGCGAGUGAAUAGAAAAUGGUGGGCCAACGGAUCUUCCUUCUCUUUCUAACCGCAGUACAUAUUAAUGCAGCCGUGUGUUUCCUGCUCUAGUAUAAUUAGUACCGUGCUGGAAACUCGCCGGUGGAAGUGUUCGCGUAGUCAGUAGCGGAUCCGCGGAUCCGCGGAUCCGCCGCUUCGUGUACUAUGAUUGAUCUCAAGACGAUAUUCGAUCCUAAUGUUUUUUCUCUUGCGGUCGUUUAGUGUACCGCUUUUAAAGUAAUAUGUAUUGUAAAGGUGUGACGUUGGACGCUUUUUGCGCGUUGUAGUUCCGGAGGUAGGCUUCGUUUUAAUAUUUUAUUGUAUGUAACUUUUUGUGGACGUUUUUUUUUUCUUUCGUGCAGUUGUGUUAAUGUACAUUUUACUGAGUAAUGAUUAUGAAGCUCGCGUGAAAGGAGUCGACGAUGUCAACGUAAAGUUGUAUCGUACGGUUGUAACGCUCGUUGACUAACGUUGGUAACGCAUACAAUAUAGACGUGAAUGCGAUCCGAAAUUGUAAUUAUUUAAACAUUUCAUGGUAUUAUCGCGAGUGCUGUUACCGCAUUCUAGGAAUACUUGGUGUUUCUUGUUCCCCUAGCGUUUGGUCAGUUAUAAACGAGCGAAAAUUUGUUAGGAGUUUAAAAGUAGCACUUUUGAACAUAUUUUGAAGUAGUAUGGUAAUUGAAUGCAAUAAAUCUGUGUAAAGUUUGUAUCACAGUUUUGUACAAAAUUACAUAGACUAAUGUUAAUAAUGUCAGUCUUUAAAUAUCUGAAUGAACAAUAUUCAGUGUAGAUUUUGUACAAUACUGUGCGACGCUUAGAAGAAGUAGGUGACUCGCGUGAUUGUAAUAAGUCUAUUGAACUUGUUGGUAUUGUAUAUAGAUGAGCUACGAUCCCACCAUAAAAUAUUUCUAAGUUCUAACGUAAGCGGUAUCACAAUUGACACCAUUCGAUUUUAUUGUAUUUGUAGAAUGUAAUUCCAAUGGCAUAUUGUGAUUUUUCUUAUAAAUUUCCAUAGUUUUAACUCACAUGCUUUUUGUUUUGUUAUUUGUAUGUAGGUCACUUCAGUUAUUUAAAAUUUAAAUAUAUUGUUGUUGAUUUCGCUUGAUCAAUUGUACAUUGCGUGUCACAUAUUAUCUAUUUUAUAUGCGCCCUUCGAGUUUGCUCACUUUAUAAAGAUGUUUAUUUGUCAUUUUUAAAUAUAAUAUUUAAUUUUCGUUUUCCUAUUUAUCUAUUUUCUGAUCUAAAUAAUAUUCUGAAUGAAAAAUGGGAGAAAGUUUUUUGUUCACUACCGAAAUUAUAUGAAUGAUGUUUUAUUGAUAUCCAUUUGUAGGUAUUUAUAUGAAUACCCAAUGUUAAUUAAUGUACUGUGGCCAAUAAUUAAUAUUUAAUACCAUUUUAUACCCAUUUCCCAUUUACAUAGAAGACAGUUGUAUUUGUGUAAUUAUAAUAAUGACACAACAUUUGUCAAAAAUAACUGUGAUUUUCGAAAUUGUCAGUAAGUUGAGCAAAUAAAUGAAAUGAUGUAAUAU